GGAAAAUAAUCUCUUUUCCGUGCACUAUGGAGCAGUUUGGCCUGCCAUACUACUACUACGGCUUGUGGCUCUGCCUUGCUCUCAUAGUCCAUGUCUUCCUCCACGCCAAGCUCGGUGCCGGCAAGAAGAUUGGCCUGAGGAUGCCUCCCGGACCGUGUCAACUGCCGCUCAUCGGCAGCCUCCACCACCUUCUGAGCGGGCUCCCACACCGUGCCAUGCGCGAGCUCUCCCUGCGCUACGGACCGCUCAUGCUGCUUAGGAUCUGCGAGCACGUGGUCGUUGUCGUUUCCUCCGCCGAGAUCGCACGGGAGAUCUUUAAGGGCCACGACACCGCCUUUGAGCAGCGGCCGAGCAGCCCGGGUAUCGACGAGGUGUACUCGGGGCACGGCCUGGGGGUCAUCUUCGCGCCCUACGGCGAGCACUGGAGGCUGCUGCGCCGGAUCCUCGUGACGGAGCUUCUCAGCGCGCGGCGCGUCGAGGCGUUCCAGCGCAUCCGGCAGGACGAGGCAGCCCGCCUCAUCUCGUCCCUCGCGUCCUCGCCUCCGGGCCAGCUCGUCAACGUCGACCAGCUGCUCGCUGAGUUCAUUGCCGACUCAUCGGUGAGCGCCAUCUUUGGCGACAGGCUGCCUGACCGAGCCGCAUUCUUGAAGAUGAUGAAGCAUGGGACGGACUUCUCGUCGCUCUUCGACCUCCGCGACCUCUUCCCGUCGUCGCGGCUAGUGCGGAUGCUGCCGCGGAGCCACAAGAAGGAGCGGCACCGGCAGAAGCUGUCCCAGCUAUUCGACGAUAUCCUCCAGCACCACGAGGAGAGGAGGGCGGCGGGAGCCAAAGACGGCGAGCACGAGCAGGACAUGAUCGACGUGCUGAUGAGGAUGCGAAAGGAAGGCGCUAUGCAAGCUUCUCUCAACCCCGGUGUCAUCAAGGCUGUGGCGAUCGAUGUGUUUGGUGCAGCACUGGACACAUCAACGAGCACUCUCCAAUGGGCCAUGGCCGAGCUAAUUGCAAAUCCAAGGGUGAUGGAGAAGGCACAGCUAGAGAUCCGCCGUGCCCUGGCAGGGCAGGAGAGAGUACAAGAAGCAGCUCUAAAAGAUCUGUAUUACCUCAAAGCAGUAGUCAAAGAGACCUUACGACUGCACCCUCCAGGUCCAUUCAUCCCUAGGGUCUGCCUGGAUGACCAAAAGGUUCAAGGAUUUGAUGUGCCGAAGGGCACAAUUGUUGUCACAAAUGCAUGGGCCAUCUCUAGGGACCCAAAAUACUGGGAAGACUCUGACAGCUUCAUGCCCGAAAGGUUUGAAGGUGAACGUCCUUUGGACUUCAGAGGAUUACAUUUUGAGUUCACGCCAUUUGGGGCUGGCCGGAGAAUUUGCCCUGGGAUAACUUUCGCGCAAGCAAACAUUGAGAUUGCUUUGGCUAGCCUCCUAUACCAUUUUGAUUGGGAGCUGCCAUCCGGAGUUAAGAAGGGGGAAAUAGAUAUGACAGAAGCGUUCGGAGUUACAGUUAAGAGGAAGGCUGAGCUUCUGUUACACCCGAUUCCUCGUAUCCCACUUGUAUAUGAAUAGCGCUUAUGAAAUAUUGGUAAACACUUUCUUAUCGUAAAUAUUUAUCGGGAACUGAUCAAAAAUAAAACUGGUGUAGUUGAAAAGUUAGUAGCUUGUCUUUCUAUGUAAGUACUCGUCUACUUGAAUAAACUAUAUGU